UAAAACUCUGCUGAACCAGUGAAAACGAAGCGCGAGCGUCGCUGCAGGAUUUGCAAUAUUGAUCUCCGGAAAAACUGAACACCGUGGCCAGGUUUUAGGCUGCUACUGCUGGUGGCCAGCUAUCGCGUCGCGAGUGUUGUGACCCUGCGUUGCGUGAAAAGCACCCAAGGUGUGCGCUCGGGCAUAGAAGAAAACGAAAUACAAAAAAAAAUCCGUGCGACGAUUCGAAAGUGACGUGACGCAGUCGGAAAGUUACAGUCGGGAUUGAAUGAAAUUGGUUCUCAUGCUGAUCCGCAAUUUACUUGCUGCUGGUCUCUAAUGUAAUAGUAUGGUAUCACGGUUCGAACGCCUAAUGGGGUGCUCCUCGAUCCCGGUAGGAGAGAUAUCGCCCGAGGCCGUAGCACAAUGCUCGGGCCGUGGCGACUGUCUCAACGGCACCUGCCUCUGCGAGAUUCGCUACAGCGGCGAAGAGUGUUCCGGCUUUAAUUUGCCGUAUCAUGCGGGCAUUUCGGCGGUUUUCUACUUCGUCGGUUUCGUGUCGGUGGUGCAGCUACUGAUCUGCAUCAUCGCCGAGUAUCAGCGGCUGAAGCAACCGAGCUUCCUGCGUGCCUGCCGGCUAACCACGCAAAAGCUGCUCUACUUCUUCGUUUUCGUGGCUUCGGUACUGCGAGGCGCUUACUUCACGACACCGGAAACGCUUCAACCGGCCUGGGUUUCGUAUCUGAUGUCGCUGUACUAUCCGCUCGUGAUGACCUGCGCCUCGCUCGUGGUGUGCCUGUGGGCCGAGAUCUUCCACCUGCAGGGCAUCCGCUGGGAACGGUCGCAGUUCCUGUCGAAGAGUUUCCUCGGCUUCCUGGCGUUCAAUCUGCUCCCGUACAGCCUGUUUCUGGCGGAGAUCGCUUACUCGCACCUGUUCUCGGGCCGCAGUACGUCCUUCUUCAACGGUUGCUACGCCGCCCUGCUGCUGAUCGUUGUCAUCUUCUUCCUGAUCUACGGUGUCGAGGUGUUCUUUAAGGUCCGUGGUGGCUUCGUGUACGACUUCGGUGUGGUGCCGAGCAGCGAAAAUGUGAACGCUUCCCAGCUGCACCAGUCCCGCUUCGGUCUGCUCAGCCAGGCGAUCAUGAUGAUAGUGAUCGUCGGGUUUCUCACUUCGGAAACGCUCGGUGAUUUCUGGAAGAAAAAAGUUCCGGUGUAUUCCCGCAAUUGGCACGACAUCGUGUUCCGGUUGGCCGAAGUUGGCGUUGCCCUGUGGUUCCCGUGCUGCCUGUGGAACUCAAUGGCACCGGAGCAGCUGUGGAUACUGAACCCGCGCAAGCUACUGACGCGCCAGAUCGAUCCGGUCGCCCCGGAAUCGACGGAAGCGCCGGCAGAACCGUCGACUUCCGGCACCGCCGAGGAGGGUCAAUCGUUUCUGGCGAAAAAGGACUGCUGGAUCUGCUACGACACGGACAAACCGGAACCGCUGAUUCAGCCGUGCAAGUGCAUCGGCGACGUGAGCUCGGUGCACCACGAGUGCCUGCGCCGGUGGCUGGUCGACAGCUGCGCCAACAGUGACGCGGUGCUAAAGUGCAAAGUGUGUGACUCACCGUACGAAAUCGAACGAUCCAAUAGGCUCGACUGGGAGAAGGGUUUCACCAUUCAGCACUGGGCGAAAACGAUCAUCAUCGUGACGCUGAUGUGCAUUACGGGUGCGGGCGCCUGGGUCAUCAUCCAGCUGAACGAGGACUCGUUCGUGCGCGUGCUCGUGGCCGGGUUCGCCAUCAUCAUCGGCUACAUACUGUUCAAGAUGCUGGGCGAAAACACGGUGACCGCGAUACAGCGGGCAAAGGUGAGUUCGAUCUACAUCGUCACUUCGGUAAACGAUCUGCAAACCUAAAAGGAGCCCCGUCGGGCGAGCAGAGCAGCAAAAACAACCCCUCCAUUGUGAUUGAGAGUGCAACAGGCGCACCGAAAAGGUGCCCCACUGGAACCUGGAACUGGUGCGUGGGGGGAAUCUGCGUUUACUUUCAUAUUUACUGUCGAAGCCACUCAGCUCGUUGCGCUUUGUUAAAACCUAGCGAAAGAUCGAACAACAAAGCCCGCUCUAAUAAGUGGCCACCGCAGGAGUCGUUUUGCUGCAGUUUGCAUUUUAGAGCCACCACGGAAAGCCAUUCGAUGCUGUAACGAG